UUGCUCCCAACGUUCGUCAAUAAAUCAACCAAUUUAAAAAAACUAAUAUUACAAUAUUAACCCUACUUACCGUUACCAACAAACUCACUCACUCGCUCACUCUUCAUCUUCUUCACCAAGCUUAUUCUUUCUUCUUCACACACAAUUCUUGAAACCCUAAAAUAGCAACAAAAAAAUUCCCAAAAUUAAUCUUCAAUUCAUCUCCAAAAAUGGCAACACUCGCACCUGGAAUUCUCCUAAAGCUUCUAAACGGAAUAAACACCGGCGUUAGACCAACAAGCGAGCAUCGUAAUUCACUCUUACAAGUCACCGACAUCGUCCCCGCCGAUCUCGAUGAAAAAAGUCUCUUCCCAAAACAAGGCUUUUAUAUCAAAGUUUCCGAUUCUUCGCAUUCGAUUUACGUUACUCUUCCUUCCGAUCAACAUGAUUAUGUUCUGAGUAAUAAAAUGCAAUUAGGUCAAUUUAUCUAUGUUGAUAGAUUAGAACCCGGUUCCCCUGUUCCGGUUCUUAAAGGUGCUAAACCGUUACCUGGUAGACACCCUUUCAUUGGUACACCUGAGCCUCUAUUGGGCCUAAGAGAUAGUAAAACCCAAGCCCAAGCCCAGCCCAGUUCGGUUAGAGGCUCUUGGGGUACAGGGAGGAAGAUGAAGAAGAAUGAUGAUGAUGGUGGUGGUGGUGAUGUUUUUCCGCGUUCGCCUAUGGUUUUUAAACCGGUUAAUUUGGAUUUUGAUCAGUGUACACCAAUUAGAGGAAGGAGCAAUGUUGGAAUUGGAAAAGAUGGAACUCCUAUUAGGUGUUCUGUGAGUGGAGGGCUUUUUGGUAAAAUGAAUGAUGCAAAAGGUGAAAGUCCUGCAUUGCUUAGGAAAAGUUGUGUUGUUGGUUCUUCUAAUACAAAGAUUACAAGAAGUAGAAGUGUUUCUGAAAGAGAGAAUAGGAUUCCUAUGAGUCCCUUCAUGUCAAAUCAGGAAAAGAAAGGCGGUACUCCGCCACCACGGCUAAGACACGCAAGAGUGGCAAGUUCUGCCAGUGUUACCCGAGGAGAUGCUCACAAAGAGGACUCAAGUAUCACCUCUCAACAUAAAUCUCAGUCUACUACUAAUUCGGCUUUUGAUGAUUGCAACAAUCUUAGUCUCCCCAUGAAUUUACCAGCAAAAUUAAGCUCCUUGGGGAAGGAAGCUGUGCAGCAAAGAGAAGUGGCUCAAAAGCUUGCCCUUCAAGCAUUAAGAGAUGCUUCAGCUACCGAGACAGUAGUUCGAUCGCUAAAGAUGUUUUCAAAUUUAGCAAAAUCAGCUCGAGCCGAUGCACCUGCCACAGGUUUUGAACGGUUUUUGGAAUUUCAUAAUGAUAUUGUACAAGCAGUUAGUGCAAUGACGUCAGUGCAAGCAGCUACUUCAGCUUCAGAAUUGGCUUCAAAAUCAGAUAAACAAGUUGAAGAAGACCAGGUUUUACAUGAGGUUAUGCAAAAUUCCAUGGACCAAUCAGGAAACUCUAUCGAAGCAAACACGUCAAAAAGAAGGUGUGUCAAUAAAGCAAAAAUGGGAAAGAUGCUGAGAUCAUCAAGUACAAAUCAAAAGGAGAAUUUGGAGAAGAAAGGUUCUACCUUGGAACCUAUUGUUGAAAAUGAUGAGAAUAAGAAACCAGUAUCUUGCAGCUUAAGCAACACAAUUAAGUUGGGAAAGCAGAUUGAAACAGAAGCUGGGAAUUGGUUUAUGGAGUUCAUUGAGAAGGCAUUGGAAGUGGGUUUGAAGAAAACAAAGGAAGCGACAAAUGUUGAUGUUCGUAAAGUUCCUCAGGCUCUUUUACUUAAAGUUAUGAACUGGGUUGAGGUAGAACAAUACCAUAGUAACAAGAGGCCUAGCCACCCUAAAGCAGCACAGAUUGCUCGAAAGUUAAGAAUAAAGAUUAAGAAUCCUUGAUACUUUUGUUCAAAUGGUGAUGAACUAUUUUAAAGUUACGUGUGUGAAUUGUGUUUGGAAUAACUGUUGUGAGAAAUCAAUCAUAGUAAAUGUCAUUAACUUAAAUGUCACGAGCCACUUUGAGUUUUUCAUAGUUUAUUUUAUUUUUAAUAUUCGAUUCAUAUAAUGUAUUGUUUGGUUAGAAUUGAAUAAUUCGUAUUCAUAUAUAACAUUGUUUUACUUGAAUACCACUGAGAUUAGUACUUUUUUUGCCUUAUCCUGUGUGAUGAUCAAUGAAAAUGGGAAUUGAAUUACACUUCCCUUUUUACUUUUCAUUCUUUAUA